CAUUGAAGAAUAAUAAUAUGUUAAUCCCACCCACAAUACAACGCGGACACAUUUCUGAGAAGACAGGACAAGGAACAGCAGACAAAGCAGGUCGUAUAAAUCGUAACUUGUGAAUGGUGUAAAUUAAUAAUGGUAACUGUAGCUGCCUAGUUUGAAAGAAAAACAGUUAACUGGCAAGUUUGUCAGAUAGCAAAAUUGGUAGACGUUGGCAGUGACACAAGCCAACAGGCUUUGGCGACAGAGGCAGCAGUUAGCUUCUAAGAUAGCUCAUCGCUAGCUAACUGGUUAUCUUGAAGACAAAACCAUGUUCAGUUGAUAACCACCAUAGAUGGUUAUCUAGCUAGCCAGAGUAGAGACACGAUCAAAGCUAUCGUUAAUACAAAAUAUAUGUUUUCGUCAACUGUUAGCAAGAUCAUUGACGUUGGCUAAGUAACGUUAGCUUUUGUUGUCCAAGUGAGCCCCAGCCAAUGGCCAUUGUUAAAUUGACUAAGGCAAGUCACUGAAUAAUUUAUUGGGGCAAAAUGAACUCCGACGAGGCAGCAGCUCCAAAAUCUGUCACGGAGGAUGAUGGCAUGUCAUGGUGGUAUCGAUGGCUCUGCAAAAUCGCUGGGGUCCUGGGCGGAGUAUCAUGUGCCAUCUCAGGAGUGUGGAUGUGUGUCACUGUCAACCCCUUAAACAUCGCCGCUGGAGUAUGGAUGGUGUUGAAUGCCUUUGUGUUGUUCCUGUGUGAAGUCCCAUUCUGCUGCCAGUUCAUUGAGUUUGCGAAUGCAGUGGCAGCUAGAGCUGACAAAUUCAAGCCAUGGCAGAAAGCCUUCUUCUACUGUGGGAUGGCACUGUUUCCCAUAUUCCUGAGCUUCUCCAUCACCACGUUGUUUGGCAAUGCCAUUGCCUUCGCUACAGGAGUCCUCUAUGGUCUCGCCUCCCUGGGCAAAAAGGGCGAUGCGGUGAGUUACGCCAGGCUGAAUCACGAGAAACAGGGGGAUGAGGAGAAGAUGACCGGGACAACUGACGGGUCAAUAUAGUGAGAUGGCUAUCCCAUCAUCCCUCUGUUCCCACAGAGGAGGAACACUAUCCUUAACCAAGGGACAACGAUGUCAUCCCUGCUCCUCUCCUUUCCUCCUCCCUCUCUGUUACUGAGUUAAUUUAUUUACCUAAACUGCUGCAUCUUUGAUAUCUUACUUGAUGUAAUUCGUCCAUAUAGAUUUAAUGUUUGGUCCUUUAGUGUGAAUUUUGUUUUCCAUGACAUUUAAGUUAAUGUAAAGGUUUGGCUGUUGUGUUGUUUUAUUCUGUUUUUGUGUGCUGUUUUUGUUUUCCUGGUUACUGGGGUUACCCUUUUUGGCUUGUAGGAAAAGUUAUGUACCAUCUUAGCCAAUCCGCCUUUUAAGAAACCUGGGCGAUAGUGAAUGUGAAAUAUUUAAGUAAUUUCCCCAAGACAUGUUACUUUCCUUGUGCUGCAGGAAAUUCGUCCAUUGGGACAGUUAUCCCAAACGUACAUCCAUUCCAUCCAGUGAACCCAAAGACGGGAGUCUUUAUUUUUUUAUAUUCCCUUACUUGCGAUAUACAAUGCAUGUUUAGGUUUAAUGUACCUACACAGGACCUAGGAAAAAAUGUGCUUGUAAUCAAACAGCUGCAUGUUGCGUUUAUCUUGAGAACCAGAAUAAGAAUGUGAGUUGAAUGGCUAUGCUGCUUUACCACCUCUUUUUUAACCUUUCAAAUGCUAUUGGUGUUCUCUUCUAGAACCUGGUUGAUCUAUGCCGCUUCAGAAUGUUUGUGACCCUACAUACAGUAGUGUGACCCGGCCCAUGGAAGCAUGCUUUAAGGACUGUGGUGAGGGAAUGUGUCUUGAUUCAGGGACUAUUUAGCAAACAGAGCCUUUGUCCCUCAGUCAGAUACAAUCUUAUGUCCAACCUCUGAUCACAGGUACAAAUGUGUUGUUCAACAACAUGCUACUGUUGGGAUUGUUUGUAUCUCCCACGUUAUCUCUGGAUUGGAAAUAACUUAAUUCAGUUACUAAUUAAAAUGGUCACCCACAACCAGUUCUCAGGUAGGCCUAUUUUUAUUUCCUAUAUACAGUAUACCGAGUAACUAGCAAAAAUACUAAUGCAGGUCACUUUAACCAAUGCAAAGGUACUAUCCACAUGAACCAGCUUUUGUAAAAAGGAAUCAAACACUAAAAGCACACCAGCGAUAUUCUAUAAAAUACACUAUUUAGGCUCAAAGUUCAUUAAUAUGCAACAUAAGCAUGUUAGCAGCUUUACUGUUAUCACCUUUCUUGACACAGAAAGCAACUGGGGAAGAGCUAGAAAUUGGGUUGACUACAUGCAUGUUUCAUGCAUUAAACCAAAGGUCUCUUGCCCAUAUACAGGAGAGACACUAAUCCUUAGUUUUUCAUGAUGUCUAGGCACAGACAAGUCCUUCAUGGCUACACAAUAGUAUUAUGGAAGAACAGGCUCAAAGAAGGGAAGUGUUAACCUCAAACACCAACAGGUUGCCCCUGCAGUAGAAAUGAUAACUGACCUGUAGUUUGCUGUAAGGGGUGAGUGCAUAUGCUUCUGUGAUGCUGAAUUUGGUUAGCCUUUGUGAACUGGAGGUUCAAAGGAGCCCACUAACUUGGUUGCUUAUAUGGUGUUCUCUCCCCAUCUGACAAAAAAUAAAUAAAAACAUUCUGCCUUUUAAACAA